ACUUACCCUAAACCUCAAAAACGCUUCACUAUCUUAUGUUUUCCCAUCGACAACCUAAAAAACUUCUUCUUCCUCAAAGCUUUUUUUCCGAUUCACUGCUUCUUCUUCCCCUUCCUUCCUCUUUCUCUCUUCUAAUUCCAAGAUUCUGUUUCUCCCUCUUUCUCUCUUCUAAUUCUAUGGUUUCAGUGUCUUAUGUGUUCUCUUCCUCAACCUAGACAUGCCAUCUUCAACCGCUUACCCUAUGGAUACAAAUCUUCUGAUUCACUGUUUGUUCUUCCCGUUUCUCCCUCUUUCUCUCUUCUAAUUCCAAGAUUCUGCUUCUCAUAUCCACCACAACCAUUGAACUAUGGAUUACGGUACUUAUAGACGUCGAAGGUGUAUGAAGGGUUGCAAGAGUAUUGGGCACAAUCCAAGACAAAGGAAACUGCUACCCAGAAAUCUCAGAAUCGGAAUAGCACUAGAGGUGGCAAAGGGAGAGCAACUCACAAUUCUGGGUCAACAAGCCACUAUACUCGUGGAAAACAACUUACUAAAAGAGAUGGUGUUCCUCCUGAUUACUUAACGUUAAUGGAAGACACCCACACCAACAAGAAGACCAAGCAAAUUCAAGACCCCUUAGCUAAGGAAGUGAUUGAAAAUUCUCGUAAGAGGAUGGAGGAGUUUAGAUUAUCCCAACCUUCAGCCGAUGGUGAUGGCUUACCAACACCAAUCCCAGCUGAGAUGAUUAACAAGUUCGUUCUUGAGGAAACCCCACAAACCAAAGGUCGAAUCUUUGGAUUAGGAAAGGUGGCAAAAAGACUUCGUACUUCUUCGUCACCAAUAGAUGAGCGUAAUCCAGAACUUCUUCGAGUCCUCCAAGAAAAAGAUGAACGUAUUGAAGCUCUUGAGAAGAUGAUGGAAAAAGAAAAUGAGAAGAACAAGCUGAGAGAUGAGGAGCUUGCAUCAUUCAUGGCAGAGAUGCGAUCAAAGUUCCCUGUGAAUUCAAGCUCCUAGACCUAGUUUCACAAGAUCAAAUUCAACAUAAUCUUUUUCUUUUUGUUUUUUGGGAUGAUUUGUGAUAUUAUAUUUUGGAGUUCUAAUUUUAUGAAUAUAAAUGUUAUCAUGAUAUAAACUUUAGGAAUGCAGUGCAAUUAUUUAGGCCGUUAGGAA